AAGUCAUUCGCUUAACCCCGGUUUGCUCAAUUUGUCUAUGGCAUGGCUUUGGCCGGGUUAUUAGACUAUCGAUUAAAUUUCAUACAACAAGGUUACAAGCUGUAGUUGUCCACAUGGUUUCUAUUGGCAACAUACGGCUUAAACAGAACUCCAGGAAUACUUUCAGCAUUUUCAUAAAUAUGCUCCGACAUAUAAUAUGCAUUUUGGUGCAUUAUCACGCGAAUCAACCAUAUGGGAUUGAAUUACGACGAGAAAAAUUCUGAUUAAGUAAAACGGACCGCCAUCGCGCCGGUCGCAUGUUCGACGGGGUCGACGGCAGCAGCGGCGGCGGCAGAGACGGCGGCGGCAGUGGCAGCAGUAGCGGUGGCGGCGGUCACAUGGACGUCAAAGUGGUGUACGCCAACCCGAACGGGACGCUGUCCAUAAUGCCGGACACGGCGGCCGGCGCGUCGCCGUGGCGCCCGUCGUCCGUGUCGCUGGCCGCGGCCUACCUGACGCUGUCGUCCGCGGCCGUCGCGUCCAACGUCAUGGUGCUGACCGGCAUCGUGACCGCGGACAGGCUGCGGUCGCCGUACGCGGUGCUCGUGUCCGCGCUGUGCCUGCAGUGCGCCAUGGACGCCGCGGUCGGCCACUGCGCCACCACCAGAGAGCUGCUGGCCGGCGGCGGCGGGGGCGGCGGCGGCGGCGGAGGGGCCACCGUGUGCCGCGGCGUGGCCACCGUGACGGCCGCCCUGUCCGCCGUCGAGCUGGUCACGUUCGCCGCGCUCGCGUGCCUCAACGCUUUCGUCCGGCCCGACUACGCCGAGCUGCCCCUGCCGGCCGCCGCCACCCUGUGGGCCGCCCCUUCCAUGUACACCUACGUCAUACUCACGCCAACGCUGCUGUUCACCACUCGGUAUUUCCCGUCAAGGGGUCGUUGCGGCUUCAUUGCAAAUACAACCGGAUGGUUUUAUCCAUCUUUAUUGAUUGUUUUCAGUUUUAUGAUACCGUGGUCGAUAUCAUUUUAUUUUAUAUUUGUAUCUCGACCUUCAACGACUACCAAAUCGACCAACGCCAUAGUGACACCCACCCAAACAAGAAGCCAAAUCCAUCUUGUGCCGUCCAAAUUAAUAUUCGCAUCAUAUACAAUUCUUGUAACACCAAGUCUUAUUUCGUCAAGCGUUUACCUUUAUAGCGACCCGAAUGUCAAUCCUUGGGCCGAAAACGAAGCACCGGAAGACAUCUUAGAUGGGUACUUGUCAAAAAUGCCAAUUCUGUUUGACGUAUUUGUGCCGUUGGUCCUAAUAUACUAUCAUAAAGUGUUCAGAAAAAAAUGUAGGGAAUUAUAUUUGCAUGGGUUUAGGAAUUCCGUCUCAGACGGUCGUCAAAUAUCUAUCGAAAGACUGAGCCGAUCGAGAAAGAACGAACGUUUGGCCGAUGACGCACCAGUAUUAUUUCUCGAACGGUCUGGUAUGAUAAACGUAAGGUUUCCGAGCGAAGAAGGCUUUAUGAUGAAGGUAUGUGAUUUGAAUCAAAAAGAGGACAGCAAUUCAAAUGGUAGAAAAGAAGUCCGUUUUUCGAGAAAAGUAAGUAAAGCUCCUAAUGAAAAUGUUUUAUACAGUACAAAAGAACCAUCAGACGAAGAGUCGAGCCUUUGAAGGGAAAACAUAAAUAUUUACAAAAGUAAAGCGUGUACUAAUUUAUUAUAACACUCCACAUUUAACUGAUGUAUAACUAUGUGACUAUGUAAUAUAAAAUAUGUAUCAUAGUAUGUAAGGUAGAACAAAUUAUAAAAUUAUAAUUGAGUCUUUGCAUUUAAAGCUUAAUAUAACUAUCGAAAAACGAAAUCAAAAUUAUAUUAUUUUAAAAUAAUUUCAAUGUA